AUGUUGGCACGUUCUGCUAUUCUCGCUCAAAGCACCGAACUGGCGCUCAACGCCACUCGUGCUGCUUCGGGUGCCGCUGCGCAGCCAAAGAAGACUGGAGAGAGAAUCAAGACUUUCGAGAUUUACCGCUUCAAUCCAGAAGCUCCAGGAGCAAAACCAACUAUCCAAAAGUAUGAAGUUGAUCUUGAUAAGUGCGGAACUAUGGUUCUUGAUGCCCUCAUCAAAAUUAAGAAUGAGGUUGACCCAACGCUUACCUUCCGUAGAAGUUGCAGAGAAGGUAUCUGUGGAUCCUGCGCCAUGAACAUUGGUGGCCAAAAUACUUUGGCUUGCAUCUGCAAGAUUGACAGUGAUACCUCUAAAAGCACCAAGAUCUAUCCUCUUCCGCAUAUGUUUGUUGUUAAGGAUUUGGUCCCAGACAUGAACUUGUUCUACCAACAAUACGCUUCAAUUCAACCAUGGAUUCAAAAGAAGACUCCACUUACUCUUGGGGAGAAGCAAAUGUCUCAAAGCGUUGCUGAAAGAGAGCGUCUUGAUGGAUUGUACGAAUGCAUUCUUUGCGCGUGCUGUUCAACAUCGUGUCCAUCUUAUUGGUGGAAUGCUGACAAGUAUCUUGGUCCAGCUGUUCUUAUGCAAGCUUAUAGAUGGAUCAUUGAUUCUCGUGAUGACUACGCUACUGAACGUCUUCAUCGCAUGCAUGAUGAAUUCUCGGCUUUCAAGUGCCACACAAUUAUGAACUGCACCAAGACUUGCCCAAAGCAUUUGAACCCAGCGAAGGCUAUUGGAGAAAUCAAAUCGCUUCUCACUGGUUUCAAGACCAAGCCAGCUGCUGAGCCAGCCAAGUUCUAA